UGUAAACAUGGUUGGUCAGCGCGUGCAGCACCUACUCGCGCUACCGCUACUACCGCACGAAGAACCUCGUGAGGUCUGGCAGUCCCACCGCUCCUUUUCGUGCUCGGCGUACCGCAAGAAUCGCAGCUUCCCUUAAACGUUGCUCGUCACCACGAACCAUUGUCACCCUGGAGACAGCGGAGAGCUCUGAGAAAGACGUCGAGGGCCCCGACAGUUCGCCGGCGUCACCGUUGACCGAAAGCCCCGACAACCGGACGCGGCUGCUGAGCUCCACUCCGGCUCCGCAAUGGAACGAUUUCUCCAACUACGACCUGAGCAAUCCUGCGAUACACCUGGAGCUCUUUCGCGGGAAACAAUACGGUGCCGAAACAGCCUCUUCGUUCUCUCUCUCAACAAACGCGUUCUGGGACGGUCGCACGGCGUUAGAGCAGUGCCUGAUGGUCUUCUGUGUGUCCACCAUACUCAUCAUUACUAUGAUGCUUACCUUUACUUUCUACUACGCUAAGGAGUACAGCAAAGCUGAACGCAGAAAACAGGUAGGCAUCGAAUACUACGAGUGCGAGUCGUCCGUUUGCCACGAUGCAGCAAUUGAACUGAAAGACACCUUGAACCUCGACAAGGAUCCAUGCAAGAACUUCUACGAGUAUGUGUGCAGCCUGUGGCCCAACCGCUACCAGAUCCCGGAUGACAUGGGACUCUACUCCGUUAAGGACACCGUCAGAGAGAAGGAACGACAAAGACUCAUCCCUCUGCUCAUCAAAGGACAUCUGGAAGACCAGAGGUUUACAGACGAGCGGUCCGCUGUGCGCAUGUUUCAGUCCUGCCGAAACCUACGAAACACGGACCAAGUCGGUGUGUACGGCCUGCGCGAAGUCCUGCGCUCUAUGGAUCUUGGCGAUUGGCCCUACAUUACCGGCGAGAAGCUGCCUGACGCUAAGACUGUCGUUCUCAAGACAAGCGCACACUAUGGCUUUGCUUUCGUCUUCGCCCUCAGCGUAGAACCUGAUCCGCGAAAUUCCCGGGUCAACAUGCUGCAGGUGGACCUCUCAAACACACUCCUGCACUCCAACUUCUUGACGUCCAACCACGAAGAACACUCUAGCUUAUUGAAGGCAUACGACCAAUACUUCAAGCAUUCGCUCAAGGCAAUCCAAGGUAGCAAAGCAGCAAACAGCGUGUUCAACGACAUCUUGACCUUCGAGACUCUGAUGGCUCAGCAUUCAAGUCACCGCACUCUUCGUGAGUUGACGGAAUUUAACGAAGACAACAUUGUUCGCCUACAGGACCUCAAGAAGGGUUCUGUUUCGGGCACUAGCCACCAAGCAAAGGGCUUGCUGGCUCGUAUAAUCUACGACAUCUACCUAAAGGCCAGCGUCCCUCUCUCUGCCGGUGAAGAGGUCCUUGUGUGGAACUCCUCAGCCAUCGAGGCCCUGGAUGCCUUCUUCGUGGACGCCGACAAAACGCGGUUGUUGUUAAACUACGUCGGCUGGCGUGUUGUGGAAACUCUAGGACCAGCAACCAACCAGGAGCUUCUCAGUUAUCGGCACCUGUUCUACCAAAGCAAGCUGGGAGCCGACGAUGUUCCGUCUCUCGACGUCUACUGCUUUGAGCAGGUAAUGGCUCUCAUGCCAUUGGCCAUGGGACGUAUGGCCUUUAGGAGUCACGCGGACAGAUCGAGCGUUCAGACCCUCGUUUCCCGAAUGGUACACGAGAUAAAAAAGUCUUUGCUGCUAUUGCUGGAACGGAGUGACGUCAGUUGGCUCACAGACGAAUCCAAAGCCGUCGCUAUUCAAAAGAUAAGAAAGGUUCAACUCGUGCAGCAGCCUUUCAACAGCACAAUCAUAGAUCCAGAUACACCAGACGUGUUGUUGGAAGACAGCUACUACCUGAACAAUCUGGUCAUCUACCUGCAGGCCAAAGCAAAAGCCCACUGGCGCACCCUUGGGCGCCUCAAUUACGCAGGCGGGGUCGCCGUUCCGCAACUGCGUCUUAGCAUAACAUAUGAUGUCUACAGAAAUGCUAUUAUCGUACCGACGCUUAUUGCAAGGCCGACAAUCCUGACGCCAGAACUCAGUCCAUCGAUUAACUUUGGCGCAUUUGGCUAUUUGGUCGCACAUGAGAUGCUUCGAGGCAUUAUGUUCAGUGGUAGCAUGAUUGACGAGAACGGUAGCCUGCGAAAGUGGUAUUUCCGAGACACAUCUGCGAAGUUUCGGAUCCUUGUCAACUGCUUCGAGUCCAUGCUUCGACGUACCAUCAAUAACGAGCUCAUGGACAGGGUACGAACUCGAAAUGUCGCCUUAUCACAGACAAUCAACCGAGAACUGGUCAUCGGGUCCACCGCUUUGCCAGCUGUCUUCAAGGCUUACAGAACGUUCAUGGCCAUGUACGAGGGCGAAGCGGAAUUCAGUUCAUUGCCACGCGUGCGCUUCACCCAGAACCAACUGUUCUUCUUAUAUUUUGCGAAGAGCUGGUGUCACACGAAGAGAAAGGUCUACGAACCGUACUACAUCGAGGACACCAACGAACCCCCUCCUGAUUUGAGGGUCAACCAGAUACUGAUGGACUUUGAGAAAUUUGGAAAAACCUUCGACUGCCAACUGGGGACUAUCAUGACUCCCCAUUUCAAGUGCGCCACCUGGUAGACACUACAGUACCCUAUUUAGUGACUCCAGUAUAGACACUGCAUGCGCUGCAUCAUCUUCGAACCAAGGAUUCGUCGGGGCAAAUAACCAUGGACUAUAGACCGUUUCAAAAUGUGCAUGCUGACGGAUUAUAUAUAUUUCUGUUCCAGGUCACGUCGACCUCGACGUAUCUGAAUGCGAAUAUAGUUUCGAUAUUGAAGAAGCUCGUGCUACGUGUGAUAAAAGCGCUGCGCGUGUAUUGUGCGUAACGUUAACUUCUCAACUUCUCAACGUCGUUUUGUUUGAAACUCAUGUUGGCAAGUUUCCUUCGUAGAUAAAUUGCGACAAAGUUACUUAAGCACGUGGUACAGCGCAACGCUUACAAACGAGACUUGUCUUACUUUAGAAGAAAACAAAAUGGCUGUGUUUUGUGCCAUUAUGUCCUCAUUCAGAUGUACGUACUUCCCGAUAGCCUAAUUUGAUCCUUGUGCCGUCAUUGCUAAGCCUAUC